CGCAAAUCGACUGUCGCGAAUCGGGCCGGAAGCUUUUUUUUUUGGGGGGGGGGCUAACCAGCCUGUCUGCGUCGAUGCGCUAUGGCCUCUGCACCAGCACAGCAGCCCACCCUGACUGUAGAACAGACAAGAGUGGUGCUGAGUGAGGUUAUCCAGGCCUUCUCUGUGCCGGAAAAUGCCGUGAGGAUGGAGGAGGCACGGGAAAGCGCGUGCAACGACAUGGGCAAGAUGCUACAGCUGGUGCUGCCCGUGGCCACGCAGAUUCAACAGGAAGUUAUCAAAGCAUACGGCUUCAACAAUGAAGGAGAGGGUGUCCUGAAGUUUGCCCGAUUGGUCAAGAUGUAUGAAAGCCAGGACCCCGAAAUAGCAGCCAUGUCAGCUAAACUCAAGUCUCUCCUCCUCCCGCCUCUGUCGACACCACCCAUAGGGGGGGCUAUCCCAGCCUCAUAAAAUACAAUCAAUCGAAGUUGUUGAUCACAAAUGUCAUUUUGAAAUGCUCCAUAUUUAUGUUAUGUAGAAAAACAUGGCUGUAUUCCACCUGUUUCUUUCAUCCCAUCCGUCUUCUACCACUUGGUGAACCCCAAAAUGCAAGAGCCGAGCUUGGGGGGGGCGGGGGCAACAAGUAUACCCACACGUCCCCAGCACAUCUCACGGUAGGGAACUCCAGAGUGGGAGAGAGUCCAACCUCUCUCAAGGGGAGUGGUACCAGAACCCAAGCCGUGUGUGGACAGUCCGGCUAUAAUCGGUAACUUCUUGACCAGACCCCUGUACCCCUGGGCCUCUGGCAAGGGGGACCCACAUUACCUUUUCAAGCUGUGCCCGGCCCCCAGACAGACACUCUCCUUCAAGCCCCACCUCCAGGCCUGGCCCCAGCGACCCAGAUCUGAGCAAGAAAAACCUCGAUCCAAUUUUUGGAUUCGUCAUAGGAGUUCAUGGUGUUAUGCUUUGUAUCCAUCCACAUUUAUGAAAAGAUUCCUUGAUUUCACUGCA